ACAGUGAUUUGCCAUGGAAGUAGAAGAGAGUAAAAAUCAUGAAGCAGAUAGAAAGAGGGAGAGGUCAAGGUCUCGAGACAGGAAACGAAAACGACACAGAUCUCAUAGCAGAGAGAGACAUCGUUCCAGAAGCCGUGAACGACACAGACAUAGGAGUCGUAGUCGAGAGAGAAAUCGCAGUAGAAGCAGAGACAGACACAAGAAGAAACGCAAAGACAGGUCGCCCAGUAAAUCAGAUAAAGGAGUAAAGAAGGAAAAGGAAGAGAAAAAGGAGGUGGUGAAGAAAGUUCCCCUGUCACUGGAAGAGUUACUGGCAAAGAAGAAGGCAGAAGAGGAGGAACAAAGCAAGCCCAAGUUCUUGACCAAGGAAGAAAGAGCUGCAGAGGCCUUAAAGAGGAGACAGGAAGCUGUGGCCGAACAGAAGAGGAAACAAGAGGAGGAGAGGAAGAAACAGCUAGAGUUCCUCAACCAAGGCAGGGAGGAUGACAGACAUCGGGACAGACGAGACAGAGAACGCCGUGAUAGAGAGAGGAGAGAAAGAGAGAGAGAAAGGGAGGAUGGAGAGAAAAACAGCAUUAUAGAAUCUAAAGACAAAGAGAAAGAGCAAGCUGCCAUCAAGGAGAGAUAUCUGGGAAUAACAAAAAAGAAACGUCGAAUUCGCCGACUAAAUGACAGGAAGUUUGUGUUUGACUGGGAUGCUGGGGAUGACACGUCACAGGACUACAAUGCUCUGUAUAAAGAAAGACAUGCUGUCCAGUUCUUUGGAAGAGGUCAUAUAGCAGGCAUAGAUAUCAAGGCUCAGAAAAAAGAUCAGUCUAUGUUUUAUGGUGAGCUGCUGGAGAGGAGAAGAACUAAUGAGGAGAAGGAACAAGAAAAGAAACAUCAGAAGAACAUUGCCAAGAAAGAGGCCAAGCAGAAAUGGGAUGAUCGUCACUGGGCGGAGAAGAGCCUAGAAGAGAUGACAGAGAGGGACUGGCGAAUAUUUAAGGAGGAUUACAACAUCUCCUGUAAGGGAGGGAGAAUUCCUAACCCCAUGAGGAACUGGAAAGAGUCCGGUCUUCUCGACAAAGAGAUUCUGGAUGUAAUUGAACAAGUUGGCUACAAGGAGCCGACUCCCAUUCAGAGACAGGCUAUACCUAUAGGUCUACAGAACCGUGACAUUAUAGGAGUGGCUGAAACAGGUAGUGGAAAGACGGCCGCCUUCUUACUGCCGCUACUUAAAUGGAUUACUUCCCUUCCUAAAAUAGAAAGAUUUGAUGACUAUGACCAGGGUCCAUACGCCAUUAUUCUGGCCCCGACUCGUGAGUUGGCCCAGCAGAUUGAAGAGGAGACUAUCAAGUUUGCCAAGCACCUGAAUUUAAGGACGGUCGCCAUCAUUGGAGGAAUCUCGAGAGAAGAGCAGGGAUUUAAAUUACGGCAGGGAUGUGAGAUUGUCAUUGCUACACCUGGUCGGUUGAUCGAUGUCCUGGAGAACCGAUAUCUUGUUCUGGCUCAGUGUACGUAUGUCGUCAUGGACGAAGCUGACAGAAUGAUUGACAUGGGUUUUGAACCAGAUGUUCAGAAGAUUCUAGAGUAUUUACCAGUUUCCAACCAGAAACCAGACACAGAAGAUGCUGAAGAGGUGGAGAAAAUGUUACAGAAUUACACCUCCAAGAAAAAGUACCGUCAGACUGUUAUGUUCACAGCUACAAUGCCCCCCGCCGUGGAGAGACUCGCCAGAUCUUAUCUCCGUAGACCGGCUGUAGUAUAUAUAGGUUCUGUUGGUAAACCCACCGAGAGAACUGAACAAAUUGUCUACAUGGUGUCAUCUGCAGAAAAACGAAAGAAAUUGGUUCAGAUUCUGGAACAAGGAAUUGAUCCACCAAUCAUCAUCUUUGUGAACCAAAAGAAAGGAGCUGAUGUGUUGGCCAAAUCUCUGGAGAAAAUGGGAUACAAUGCCUGUACACUUCAUGGAGGGAAGGGUCAGGAACAGAGAGAGUUUGCUCUGGCCAGCCUAAAGGGCGGAACUAAAGAUAUCCUAGUGGCCACAGACGUGGCGGGUCGUGGUAUUGAUAUCAAAGAUGUCUCCCUGGUUAUCAAUUAUGACAUGGCUAAAUCUAUUGAAGAUUACACACAUCGUAUUGGUCGUACUGGUCGAGCAGGGAAAACUGGUGUAGCGAUAACGUUCGUGACCCCCGAGCAGGACUCUGCAGUACUAUACGACCUUAAACAGACCAUUUUGGCCAGCCCUGUUUCUUCAUGUCCCCCAGAGCUGGCUAAUCACCCUGACGCUCAGAAUAAACCUGGUACAGUGGUACAGAAAAAGCGUAAGGAUGAAACCAUCUUCCUGCAGUAAUUCAACAACACAUGGAUUUGUGUGGAAAAUGAGUGUGGAAAUAAUCGUCAUUUAUCUUAUUGUCAAUGCAGAGAUCAGAUACAGUGUAUGUUAUUGUGUUACUGAGGUGAAACUUCAUUAGACUUCUUAAUGGAUACACGUGUACACAUUCUAAUGAAUAAAUGUGUAGAAUCAUCAA